CCAACGCAAAUCAAUAAUAAUCGCAAACUACUGAAUGAUAAAUCCGAUCACAGUAACACACGUCACGUGACUGGUCCACCGCGCAGCUCGCGUCGAGCUUGUCCCCGGGCGCAAACAAAAGCUUCAUCCAGCCUGUGUCUCUGGCGGCACUGCAUCCCAAUUCCCAUCCCGUCUCCUCCGUACCACCUCCUCCAUCCCCUCCUCAGUCUCCUCGACCAUCCAGACCUGUUCAGGACUCUCCCAUCCUUCUGCUGCGUCUCCUCUUCCGACCUCCUAUUCCUUUUCACGAAUCAAAUAUCCCCCUCUCCUCUUUUCCUCGUCUCUCGAUCCCUCUUUUGUUGGUUUGAAUCGUCAUCGCGUGGAUCUUACCACCUUCCCGCGCGGAGAUGGCCCCCAGGAAGCGCAAGUCCGAAAGCGAGAUGGUCGCGGAUGAGUUGACUAAGAGAGCGCGUAAUGACACGCCUGAAUCAGGCGGCAACGAUGGACCCCAGGAUGCUACUCCAGCCGUCACUGGAGAGAAGAGAAAAAGGGGACGUCCUCGAAAAGACGCUUCUGCCAUCCAAACUCCCGCAAAAUCACCAAAGGAAUCCCAAAGGCCCCGAGGAAGACCUCGCAAACAUCCAGUGGAGAAUGGUGUCGAUGAGUCGCAAACAGCAAAGACAGACUCUCCCAGCACCAAGGCUGACGGUGCCGAUGAGGACGAGGACCGCUCGUACUGGCUGAUGAAGGCAGAGCCUGAGUCACGCUUGGAAAAGGGUGUCGACGUCAAGUUUUCUAUUGAUGACUUGCAAGCGGCUGAGGUCCCAGAGCCGUGGGAUGGUGUACGAAAUCUCGCUGCAAGGAAUCACAUUCGGGCGAUGAAAAAAGGCGACCAGGCCUUCUUUUAUCACUCGAACUGCAAAGUUCCUGGGGUUGUGGGGGUUAUGGAGAUUGUCCAGGAGCAUACCCCUGAUGAAUCCGCCUUUGACCCUGCUCAUCCAUACUAUGACGAAAAGUCCAAUCGGGACGACCCCAAGUGGAGCGUAGUUCAUGUUGAGUUCCGACGCAAGUUCGAUAACAUGGUCACAUUAAAUGACCUCAAGUCCCAUGCGUAUGUGGGUGGGCCUCUCGAAGAUCUCCAAACACUGAAGCAAACACGUCUCAGUGUUUCCCCGGUGAAUUCGGUACAGUGGAAGUUCAUCAUGGGAUUAGCAGAAGGGAAAUCAGAAGAGUCCUCAAAAGAGGCCAGCUCUUCGGAAGAGGGAGCCGAAAGCAGCGAGUAGAGGAGUCGAGGAUCGACAGCAACUUGCAAGAUAUCAUGGACUGCUGUCGAAAAGUGUUGAGCAUUGGUAUACAUUUUUUUCUCUUUUGUACAAUGAAUGGGCCUCCUUUCUUCUCUUCAAGCC